CGCAACACACAACUACACACAUUGUUCUCCCUUACACUUCUCUUCUCUCUUCUCUCCACACCAACACAACCGCAACAAUGCCAUCAAUGUGGCUCAGCGACAGCCAAAAAAUCGGCGUCGCAUUCUGCACCGGGGGUAGGUAAGGACUCGCGCCUUUCACACGGCACACGCGUACACAACGCACAUUGUCAAGAAAGCACAAACCGCUCACAUACACGCUCGUGCUGCAAAUACAGGCGGCUUCUUCUUACUCGGAGGCGUCAUGAUGUUUUUUGAUAGGGCCAUGCUCGCAAUGGGAAACAUCCUCUUCAUCCUCGGCCUGACCCUUAUAAUCGGCUUCGCCAAAACCCUCGCCUUCUUCGCGCGCCGGCAAAAGAUCAAAGGCACUGCCGCGUUUGGCGGCGGCAUCAUGCUGAUCCUCCUGCGAUGGACGUUUGUCGGAUUCAUGGUAGAGCUGUACGGAAUAUUUGUGCUGUUUGGGGACUUCUUCGCCACGAUCGCGGGUGUGGUCACGAGUGUGCCGGUUGUGGGUCCGUAUGUGGCCGUCGUGUUGGAUAAGAUGGGUGGAGUCGCGAGGAGGAAUGCGGAAUUGCCGGUUUGAACAAGAGGCGAACUUGGUAUUCGAGUUUGAUUGAAUGGUGCAGCACUUGGGUUGACGGAAAAGGGAGAGGAACAUCAGGGUGGAGUUCUUGUGUAAUAUAUAUAUACUUGUGGCCAAUGUGGAAAAAGAAAAGCGUGAAUACGGGCUCGCGGCUACGCAUAGCAUAGAGGUUGCGGUUUGAUAUGUACAUUCUGCUAUGGGUGGGGAAGGUUCUAUCCGGACGCCGACAUCUAACCUCGGAGAUGUUUGAAGAAAAAGGGGAUCAGAUCAUCAUAAACAAAGGAACUUUUCGUGCGCGACUCAUCCAACAUGCCUCUGGUAUUUCUCUAGUGCGCGCCGUUGGUCGCCGUCUUCUUCAG